ACGUGUAUGUGAUUUUCUUAUCCUACUCGUACGAACCAAGAAAUAGAAAGAAGCCGUACGGUACGGUACUUACUUUACGGUAAGUUUUAAAAAAAUGUGUUCCCCUUCUUUUUUUGGUCUCAAUGCCAGAAUGCCCCCCCAUGUUGAAAAAUGAAAAAUUGAUUGAAUGCAUCACAUCCGUUCUAGAGAAAAAAAUAAAACAUUCUGCAACAGAGGACAGCAAUGGCAUCGUCUGCUUGCUUUCGACCAACGAUGGCUUGCUUUCGAAAGGCUCGCGUUACGAUUCCAAAAUUGUCACCCACCCACACGCGGGCGAAAAUCAUUCGAUUCUGCCCCACCGGUCUCCCACCCCCGGAUCCUUCACCGACAGCAAAGGCUCCAUCGGUGUACCUGGAGUGCACGGAUGCCCUCUUUGUUCUGGAAUGCAGCCCCGACUUGGUCACGGAAGGAUUUCGAGAAGAAACCGAGGACGGGAGAGACGCCAAUCCUCUCAUGAUUGUAGAGUCCCACGACGAGGGAGACUUCCGGUUUCUUCACGGUGAAAGCAGCGGGGACAGCGAGGGGACUCCACCAAUCACAAUUCGUCUCGACGAAUGGUACGAUGUGGGUCAGACGAUCGGUCUGAUCGAUGACGGUGACGACGACGACGACGACGAYGACGAUACCGAAGAAUGGUUGUGGCAGGCAUAUUCCCAUAGAGAAGGCGAGGACCAAAAUCGAACACCGAACCUCCCCCCGCACAUUGCCACGGGGAAAAUCAGCAGCUGAUUGUCAAAGAAUCGUUUUGCGGGAACGCCGGGACGGACCAGCAAUCGAGAAAGGAGAUGAUGCCAUGGUUGCCGGCGGAUGAGAAACAAUUCGAUCUACUGACAUUCGAGUGCGCAGAGAUGCUAUGAAUCGUGCUCGGAGGCGUUGACAAUGACAUGGAC